AUGUUCAAGAAGGCCAGUCCUUGUAAUAAUGGCGGCAUGAAGCUUUUCAGCCCGUCUGUCUCGGCUUUGCCACCCGCUCGAUCGAGCUUCCAAGCUUCACGUUUCAUCAGGUCGUCAUUGCGCUUUGAACAAGGCUAUGCAACAGCCUCGGAACCCUCGGCAAGCCGGUAUCAGUGGCCUUCAAGCUCGUCCUUCACUCCCUACGAUGUUCUCAAUAUCCAUCGCAAUGCCCCGUAUACCAAGGCUCAGUAUUACGAUCUUGUAAAAAUCUACCAUCCCGAUCGGUCCUGUGAUGAGCAUCCUCUUUGCCGAAAUAUCAGUCCUGAAAUUCGUCUUCAGCGAUAUCGCAUUGUGGUGACUGCACACGAAAUUCUCUCGGAUCCUGAACGGCGGGCCGCGUACGACCAAACCGGUGCCGGUUGGAGUCAUCACCCUCAACGUUAUCGCACUGCCGCAGAGGCUGCGCAGGCCUGGGGGCCUUACGGAUCUACAAUCUAUGCCAAUGCGACCUGGGAAGAUUGGGAACGAUACAACAACCGCCAUUAUGGCAAGCAGCAACACGUCGUGGAUCAACGGACCUUUACCCGGCUCGUUGUCCUUCUUGUCCUUUUUGGAGGCGCUGUCCAAGCCUCGUGGAUUGGACAAAUGAACUCUGGGUAUGAGAAGCGGCUCCGCGAAGUGAGCGAAGACUCCAUGCGUUUCUUGUCCGGCCGACGCCAGCAGACGGUCACUCAAAUGCCUCACAACGACGCUCGUGUGCAGACGUUCUUGAUUCGUAGGGACCCGACUGGCUCUGGUCUCAAGGACGAAGAGGCCGAAGUGUAUAAGCAAGAACUGCAUUCCCUUCGACGACCCGCACCCGAUCAAUCGAACGCCCAUGAGCUAGACAGCUCAAAAUCUGCGGCCCACCUGACAAAUGUCUCUCCCCCAUAA